AUGAGUGAAGUGAAGUCGGCUCAUCAGACAACUUUAGAAGAGCUUUUGAGGGAUGAAAAGUUCGUAUCACAGGAACAUGAACAGGGUAGUAAAGGUGGAACAGGCAGAUAUCAAAACUGUUUGAAUGACUUUUUGAAGGGGGAUCACAAAAAAUGCCUGGAGCAUAUGCUGGAAAGUGGGCUUUCAACAGAGGAGUUGAAUACGAAUUCAGAGGUGUGGAAACUGUUUAUAAGCGCCUGCCGAGAAGCAGACUUUAAGGUUUUAGGAAUCAGUGUGGUUAAGCUAGCGAAGGCCGCAUUUGCCAGUAGCGACAUUUCUCAAGUUGAAAAGGUCUUGGCCACAGAACCCCUGCAUGAGCGUAUGGCUGGUGUGCUGAUGUUCCUAGAGUGCAAUCUGAAGGUUUGUAAACUAGACGGCGCAGGUUCAUUAAUGUCGGCGAAACUAGAACAGGUCACCAAAAACUUGAUAUUAGCCGAUUGUAGAGUAGUGGAUACGUUACCGGAAGCGACACAGCUACGAGACUUGGUGCUUUUCUACAUUUUCGGCGUUCAAGCUCACAAUGCGCCGAAGCGCGCGCCAAAGUCUCAGUAUGUAGCCUUGUGUGAGUAUGUGCCAGAGCUUCCCAAAGUUUUAAGCAAUUUCGCUGCCGAAGCAGAUCACCAUACUACACUAGAAUCUGAGGUACGCGCAAAACUAGGCGCAGUGUCUGAAAAGACUAAAGCUAAACAACAGCAAAGUCUACAGCAUACCAGCAGCCGGAAGUCCAGAUCUUUGCCGCAUGAUUCUACCAUUGAGCGUCAAAAACCUGGUCCUGCUGCUGCUCCAAGUUCAAACACCAUUGUGGCAGAUCGUAAAGAUGCAAGCAUCCAUACGGCACCGAUGUCUUUAUUAGCGCGACUGCAGAUUUCCGUCACGAAGCUGUGGCCGCAACAACUACACAAGAAUUUCGCACCGGUCGCGGUACUGGCAAUAUUUCUCAUACUGAAAAAAACGCAGCGACUGAGAUUACUCACAAAAAAAUUGCCAACGCUAUUCAACCGUUUUUGGGCUCUGUUGAGCUUUCUAAUGAGCAUUUAA